AGCAGUAAAACACCGCAAUGCCACCUGGGUAAUAGGUGUUUUGAGAAUCGUGUGCUAGCGUAUCUCCUUUGGGCUAAUGAGCUUGAAAAUAUGGUUUAUUUAGUCUAUUUUAACUACUUGUGAACAUGCCUGUUCUUUUGUAUAGUCUAUUUUUAAGAAAUACGCCACACGCCUAGGAAUGUGAUUUUAUUUUUAUUUAAUUUUUGCCCGUGUGCUGGUAAAAUUAGCUACAAUGCUAAUUUAGUUUUCCACACGGAACGGGUUUUAAUUAUUUCGUUUAACAUUCUAGAAUAACAAAUUAACGGACUUGAUCAGUAAUGCUGUUCUACGCAGUAGUGGUAAUUUUCCUCCAUGUAAAAUAAAUGAAACGUUUUUAUUGUUGACAAAAUUUAGCCAUGCUAGCUUUAUUGAUUGUCUAGCAAGAUCGUGCAGCGACGGGGGGUUACAAAAAUGGAUGAAACUGUCGAAAAUGUCCAGAACAACGACAUUGUAAUCAUUGUGGAAAAUGAAGCUGAAAGUUUGCCAGCAGGAGAUGAUAAAGUGAAGAUGCAAGGCGCCUUCGGGCUCAUGGACACAUGUCCAGUUUGUAAACUGAGCUUUCACAACAGAGAGCCCAAACUGCUGCCGUGUCUCCACUCCUUUUGUAAGAAGUGUCUGCCGCCCUCUACGAGGAGUGUCGAACCGAGGCGGGACACACACGGUCCAGCAGCAUCUGUCCGAUGUCCCGUGUGCAAACAAGACUGCUGGGAGGUGGACAUAUUGGACAAUUUUUUUGUCAAAGACUCUGCCGAGGUGCCGAGCAGCACCAUGGAGAAAACCAGUCAGGUUUGUAUGAGCUGUGAAGACAACACUGAGGCAACGGGUUUUUGCAUGGAGUGUGUGGAGUUCCUGUGUGUGACGUGCAUUGAGGCGCAUCAGAGGGUCAAGUUCACCAGAGACCACACCAUCCGGCAGAAGGAGGAGAUGUCUCCAGAAGCUUUAGGCGUAUCCACGCAGAGACCCGUGUUUUGUGACGUCCACAAACAGGAGCCUCUCAAGCUUUUCUGUGAGACGUGUGACCGGCUUACCUGUCGUGACUGUCAGCUCCUAAAGCACAAAGAUCACAACUAUCAGUUUUUGGAAGAUGCAUACAAGAAUCAUAAGCAGUAUCUGGAGGCCAUGACGCAGCAGUUGCAGGAGAAAAGAAAGGGCAUCGAGGAAGUGUCAAGCUGCGUUAACACUGGGUUGCAGCAAGUAGAAGAAAACCGGAAGACUGUUACAAAUGAAAUAAAGAAGUCCAUCUGCAACCUGAUCAUGGAGAUCAACAGGAAGGGAAAGAUCCUGAUUAACCAGCUUGAGGCUUUGACUAAUGACCACGAGCAGGCUUUGAAGAAGCAGCAGGACGAUGUGAACUCUCUGACCCGGCAUUUGGAUCACGUAAUCAACUUCACUAAAUGGGCCACGGAGAGCCACAGUGGAACUGCUCUCCUUUACUGCAAGAGGCUGAUCCUUUACCAGAUCCAUUACCUGAUGAGGACCAGCUACAACCCCUCCAUCAUUUCUCAGAGCACUGUCCGCUUCCAGUGUCGUUCUGGUUUCUGGGCCACGAACGUAGAUCUUGGGUCGCUGGUUGUAGAAAGAUGCCCGGGAAGGCCCCCCGCUGCCCCCCAACCCGCAGGUCCCAGAGCAGACGCCCCCACAGGAGCUCUUUCUGUCUCAGCUCAGCAGCGACAGAGCACUCUGGCUCAGCUGCAGAUGCAGGUUGACAAGCUUUCCCAUCAGCCUCACAGACAGCCCGCGCCCAACAACUGGUCCUGGUACCCGAGUGUCCAAAAUGUCCGGCUCUCAGGACCUCCCGGCCCACCGCCUCCGACCAGACCAAUCCACGGAGGGUCUUCGCCCUCCCAGGGCCCCCCCAACAUGGCACAGCCAGGGCGCAGAUAUGGGAACGUCCACCCUAACCCUAGAAGCUCCUCGCCGUCGAUGAUUCAGAACCCAAACUUCACAGCUUCACAGUCCCUUAGAGAGCUCAUCCACAGCAACAUCUUCCCUCCUAAACCCAUCGAAGUGCCGCAGGGAACGUCUCGCUUCCCGCAGCCUCUGACAGCUGGAGCAGCUGCUCAGAUUUCCCUCCACCAGAGAUACUUACCAGAGUCCCCCCUCCUAAAGAGGAGUGAAGCUGGUGGAUCUGCUCCGACCAUCAGCAUCUCCAUCCCGAAAACCAACGUGGGGCUAAGCGUCUCAGCAGCUGCAGAUAAAACAAGCACAUUCAGUCACAUGGCAGCUCAACAAAGGCAGAACUCCCCCAUGGUGAAGCCGUCCUCCUCAGACAGAAGCAUGGGGCCGCCCCUUUGGAAGCAGAUGUCCGAGCCUCCGUCAGCGCCUGCCUCUAAGCGACGGAGACGAUCGUCCCCAGGUCCCAUUAUCAUCAUCAAAGACGAACCAGAAGAUGACGAUGAAGUUCAUUUUGUGCAGUCUAGUGUUGGGUCGAGCCUGCCAGACAGCAGCACCGGAGCUCAGUCGAAGCCUCGGCAGCAACAGAAGGGACCGUCGGUCUCUGCAGACCCUGCGUCAGCCUCCAAUAACCCGAGUGCUCAGACCCAAUCAAAGCUAGAGUCUGAAAAGAGAACAGAACCAGAAGAAGACCCCAACGAGGAUUGGUGUGCCGUGUGCCAGAAUGGAGGAGAGCUGCUGUGCUGUGACAAGUGUCCCAAAGUUUUCCACCUGGCCUGUCACAUCCCGACUCUGAACGAGUCUCCCAGUGGUGAGUGGUUUUGCUCGUUCUGCCGAGACCUGGACUCACCCGAGAUGGAGUACAGCUGUGACCGACGUGUUGGUCCGGACGUAGAAAUGUUCCCGCUUGUUGAUAGAAGGAAAUGCGAAAGACUGCUGCUGCGUCUGUUCUGUAACGACUUCAGCACCGACUUCCAGCAGCCUGCUCCUCCAUCGGAAACCCGAAGGUACAAAGAGCUAAUCAAGACGCCAAUGGAUUUAUCAAUGGUGAAAAAACGGCUGGAGUCAAAGGAGGGCGAACGCUACAGCGGCCCCGAGGGGUUUGUGGCUGAUGUCAGGCUUAUAUUUUUCAACUGUGCUAAGUACUACAAGGCGACUUCUGAGGUUGGAAGUGCAGGAUUGUACCUGGAGGAAUACUUUGAGGAGCAGCUGAAGCUCAUCUACCCAGACAGGGUGUUCCCCGGAGGGAGAGAGGAGCAGAUGAUCCCCCCUUUGGAGGAGGAAAUUGAAGAAGAGGAGGAACAGACGGCAGAGGAAAGCACGGCUCACAUUGAAUGCAACAAACUUCAAAAUCCUGCAGAAAAGGGGACUAAAGUGGACCCAGGCCCAACAGACGACAAGGAGCCGGACACAGACAAGACCGAGACGGGAUCAAAGGAGACGAGUGAAGUUGUGGGUAGCCUAGAGGAAAGACGUUUUCCUUCUGAGGAGGAAAAGCAAAAAGAGAACACAAAGAUGGAGCAGGCGGAACACCGGCCCUCUGCUGAGAAUGACGCCGAAGAUGGAAACGCUUCCAGCUCUUUAAAACAGGAGAGUCCUGAGCUCCUGACAGACAAAACCGCAGCUCCUCCUGACUGUCAGGAUAAGUCAGCCCCUGAAUAAAUGAAGAAACUGAAGAAAAGAUGGCCGAUCAAAGUCUUCCGCAGACUUGGGUUUGCACGUAGAUCGUGUCAGAAUGAGACAGACUGUAGAUGCACAACUAAAGGAGUAAAUAACCUCCGUGUGAUGACUGAAGCGCACAAACGUACCGCGUUCGUCUCGUUUAAGUUGCAAAUGCUCCUCCUAACCUCAUAGAUCAUAGGCUGAGUCUUCUUCAGGAGCUGCGGUGCAUGAAACACGUCUCCGGAGAUUUUAACACACCAAGUAGCCGUUAUGUUGGGAAAUCAGUUGUUUUUAAUAGUAUUUUCUUUGUAUUUAUAGUGUUAAAUAGGACCAUAAGUGCUGUAAAUAAUGAUCAAAUCAGAGGAGAAAUGAGCUGCUUGGUUAUUUGUCUCAACUUUGUGCUGCCAGUUGAAACUUUCCUGUCCCUCCUCCCCCCCAGUAAUCACAACGAAGCCUUGUUUUCACCGCAGUACCAACAAUCCUUGAUUUACUCGCUAUCAGUCUGAGAUAAAGCAGAGACGUCAUAAUCGGCUCCCGUUGUACUGCUUGUGUCCUAAAUGACUGCAUCCUGAUUAGAUGCUGUUGGGAAUUACACAUGUUAUAAAACAGCGUUACACCGCGGGUUUACGCACCACUUUACCCGACUUUACUGUAUUUAUAAUAAACAGGGUUACACGUCACGUACGACUGUGUUGUCGGGGGUUACCAGCUGACUUUGAUUGUUGCUGUGGGGAAUUUCAAAUAGUCGCAGGAUGAAAUUAUAAAAUAAAAAAGCCACAGAAUAAGGCGACACUCUGA